GUCAACAGAGUCAACAGGACCGACGGGGUCAAUAGGACCAACGGGGUCGAUAGGACCAACGGGGUCGAUAGGACCAACGGGGUCGAUAGGACCAACGGGGUCGAUAGGACCAACGGGGUCGAUAGGACCAACGGGGUCGAUAGGACCAGCAGAGUCAACGGGACCAGCAGGAUCAACGGGACCAGCAGGGUCAACAGGACCAGCAGGGUCAACAGGACCAGCAGAGUCAACCGUAGCAACAGGACCAACAGGACCAGCAGGAUUGAUUGUAGAUGA